ACUGAGGCUGGAGCUGGAUCGGGGCAUGCCUGGAAGGAGAGAAGCCAAAUCAAGAACACUGUGAUUCAUUUUAACAUCACUGAGUGAUCACCCCAUAUGAAAAUGGAGAGGCAAAGACCCACUAUAGGGGAGGUACCAGAGGGGAGAGUAAAAUCCCCUCAUGUCCUCCAGGCUGGGAGUAUUGGAGAGUUCCUUCAAAGGAGACCAGGAGAGCCGAUGCAACAGCAAGCAGGGGAGGGUUCCCUUUCCCUUGCGCAAUGGGAAGUCCAGUGGCAGGAGUUCCUCAGGACACUGGAAACCCCUCACUCUGGAUGGGGAAGCCCCCACUUGCCAGCAAAACCUUCGCCCUGGGAUGAUGCCAAGGCCUUUCUGGCCUCCUUUGAGCAAGUGGCCGAAGCCUGUCAGUGGCCCCAGGAAGAGUGGGUGACCCGACUCCGGCCAGCCCUCAGUGGAGAAGCUGAGCAGGCCUUUAAUGGUCUGGAUGUCAGAGACAGAGAGGAUUAUGGGAAGGUGAAGGCAGCCAUCUUGCGAUGGGAUGCCAUGAGCCGGGAGAAGCAGCGUCAGCAGUUCAGGCAUUUCAGCUACCAGGAGGCUGAGGGGCCACGCGGGGCUUACACCCGACUCCAGGAAACAUGCCGUGGGUGGCUGAGAGUGGAGAAGCACAGUAAGGAGCAGAUCUUGGAACUUUUGAUCCUGGAACAGCUGCUGACUGUCCUGCCCCCAGAGAUUCAGGGCCGCGUGAGGGAAAGCGGCCCCGAGAGCUGCUCCCAGGCAGUGGCCUUGGCCGAGGAGUUCCUGUUAAGGCAUCGAGAGGCUGUGAGGCAGGAAAUGCAGGCGUCCUUGGAGGAAGUGACUGGAACUGUUUCUGAGGCAGGCCAGGAGCCCUCUGAGAUGAAGCUGAGGCAGCUCUUGAUGGGCAUCAAGGAAGAGGACGACGGAGAGGCCAGUCUGCUGGGUGAUAUGCAAGAGAAUGAAAAUGAUGGUGGACUCCAGGCAUUAUCAUUGGACAACACUGAGAAUGAAGAUUUGAAAGGAAACUUCAGGAAUGAAGAUGGACCAAAGAGGAAGGAGAGAAACCACAUGGUGGAGGGGCGGGAUAAAACUAUUCCUUUUCAAGGUGGGGAAUUCCAGGAAAUCCCAACCCAAGAAGAAAAGAUAACCCAAAAGAGAAGGAACAAAGGCCUCAGUGCUCACCUGAGAAUCCACACAGUGGAAAAUCAAAACAAAAGCUUGGUGUUCGGAAAGAGCUUCAGUCAGAGCACAAACCUUUUUUCAUAUCAACAAAUUCACUCAAUCGAGAAACCCUAUCAUUGUUCAGAGUGUGGAGAGAGCUUCAGUCGGAGAACAACUCUUAGUUCACAUCAAAGAAUUCAUGCAGGGGAAGAGCCUACUAAACUCCCAGAAUUAGAAAACAGCUACAAUGGGAGAUCACACCAGCACAAGCAUCAAAAACCCCACACAGCUGAGAAACUGUAUCAAGGCUUAGAGAUUGAAAAGAGCUUCAGUGGCCAUAUGGUGCCCCAAAGUACACCCUCAGUGGAGAGACGGUAUCAGUGCUCAGUUUGUGGUAAUAGAUUUAGGCGGGCAUCACACCUGCAGCAGCAUCAGACACUCCACACAGGGGAGAAACCGUAUCAAUGCUCAGAGUGUGGGAAGAAGUUUACUCGGGCAUCGUCCCUGCGCCAACAUCAAAGACUCCACACGGGCGAGAAACCAUACGAGUGCUCGGAGUGUGGGCAGAGAUUUGGUUUUAGCUUUCACCUUCAGCGGCAUCAGACAAUCCACACAGUGGAGAAACCGUAUCAGUGUUCGGAGUGUGGAAAGGCCUUCUGCCACCGCAUAAGCCUCACUGUACAUCAGAGGAUCCACACAGGGGAGAGACCGUACAAGUGCUCGGAGUGUGGAAAGAGGUUUAGCCAGGCAUCCCACCUCCAAAAGCAUAGGAAGAUCCACACGGGCGAGAAACCUCACGAGUGCCCAGAGUGUGGAAAGAGAUUUAGUUACCGUUCCCGCCUCCAACGGCAUCGAAGUACCCACAUGCCAAAAACCAUGUAGCUGCUCAAGAUUGCAGCAAGAGCUUUUCUGCUAAAUUAAACCUACAAUUGGUGGCUUAGGUCUCCCUCGUAGCAUGUAGCACUUUCGAUCGGCUUCAGCUGAAAAGCCAGCUGCCGCCAUUUCUUAAAAAGCGUGGCAAUCCAUGCUGUGAUCACAUCCAGCGAAUCAAAUGUGCUAUAUGUGGGGCUCCCUUUGGAAAUGGCAUGGAAACGUCAUUGGUCCACAAUGGUCGGGCUGUUCGCAGGGGUUGAUUACAGAGAUCAUAACAGCCCCAUGCUGAAAUAUCUGCACUGGCUACCUGUUUCUGGUGACAAUUCCAAGGCCGGUUGCCACCUCAUCUCAGAAGGCAGGGACAUGCGAAGCAGGGCCUCUGAAGAUGAUGGCAUUGGUUGAGUCAGUUCAUAAGGUGGUUGGCAUUCCUUCAGAUAUGUUGGUCCCGAGCCAUAUAGGACUUUAAAGGUCAACACCAGCACCUUGAAUUAUGCCCGGAAACAAAUUGGAAGACAGUGUAGAUGAAACAAGACUGGAGUGAUAUUGUCCCUAUAACCCAUUCCAGUCAACAUCCUCGAGGCAGCAUUCUGCACCCACUGACAUUACAAACACUUUUCAAGGGCAGCCCCACAGACAGUGAAUUACAGUAAUCUAGUUUACACGUAGUCAGGGCAUACAUCACCAUGGCCAAAUCUUUUCGUCUGCUAACCAGACAAAGCUAGUUAAAGGCAACCCUAGCAACGGCUGCCGCCUGCUUAUACAGCAGUAGGCCUGAGUUCAAGAGCGACCCUCAACUAUCAACCUGUUCCUUCAAGGGGAGCGCAGCCCCCUCUGCCUUGUACUUUUGAUCCACCGUGUAUUCUUACACCGUCAGAUGAGCCUGUGCUUUAAUUACUGGGGGUGUCGAGGGCUUGGAAAGAGUUCUGUGAUGGACGUUUUUAGUCAUUGCCCCUUUUUGUGUAUGGAACUCCCUUUCGAUGGAAACUGAAGCUGCCUUCUUUUGCCUUUUUGGAAACUGAUACAAACAUUUUGUUUUGCAAAACAUGAGGGGAUAAGAUUUCCAUGCUGUCUGUUACGGGCAUAAGGCUGUGCAACCAGCCGACAUCCCAAAUUUGCAGGUUGUUCUUUCCUGGCAGGGAUGCCUGAGAGGGUGGAAGGACCAAAAUGGCCGCCAGGAGUGACAGUGGAAUGCUCUUUUCAUUGAAGUCAGCACUUGAGUCACAAGCGGGGGGGGGGGGACACCUGUCACUCAGCCUUUUCUGAUGGUCCCCACAGAUACUGUCUUCAGGAAGCAAUGUUUGGAGAGGCUGGGGUGGAGGUCAGAAAGUGGGUCUGGUUGUGGAUUUCAUUGAAGCCUCAAGAUGCGGACAAUGCCAGAGAUGGAAUGUUUUUCCUGACUCUCUCUGGAUGGAGGGAAUGCCCUACACCAGUCACAGGGUGGGGGCAUAAUUUUCUAGGAGAUCAAAAUCUUUUCACUUGGAAAGAAAUACAUCAUACACAAUCCACUGAAUUCUGAUGGAAAGAAAGACAUCUGAAAAGUGGCUUCGGUGGUCACUUUUUUGUGUCCGAGUUCAACUGAGACACUGCAUGUUUAUAAACUUGAUCAUCCAAUUCCUGCCAGCUGGUCACCAAAACGGGGUGGGUGCAGGGGCCAAGCAUUAUUUUUAUUGACACAGUACAACCUUGUAAUAUGCCCUCCUCCACGUACCUGUAUCGCAAGUCCCUCAUCUCAUACAAUCAGUCUCAUGAACCAUGAAGGUUUGUUUUAGUUAUGAAAUUACUGGUACAUAGUCUACAUUUCUGAAAAAUGCCCGCUUUUGUUACUUUUGGUUAAUUACAACACUCAGUCAGAGUUCAACAAGUUUGCUAACUAUUUUGUAACUUUUUGAUCACUAAAAAGAGGUCUAACCGAUCAAGGUGGCAGGAAAGCGUAGGCCAAUUACCGUAAAGCUUUAUUUUCCUGGCCUUUUUCAAUGCAAAAUCAUAAACUUCUUCCUCUAAGGCAAUUCCUUUUGCAAGUUCACAGUCAAUAGACAAGAUGUCUAGGAGCUUGACUGUUCUUGCCCCAUUGCAGAACGCUUGCAGUUCUUGAGGAGGGCUAGCUUGCGGAAACUUCUUUCAGUUUACUACGCAGUAAUUGGCAGCACAGAAAUAAUUGGUAGGGCUGUGCACAGGUCACUGAAAUUAGUUGCCACAACAUUGUAAUAAUUUUCAUCUUGAUUUUGUUCAUCUGCUUCCCUAGCGAUUGUAUUGUUGCCUGACUGCAGAAAGGCCUUGUCAGAUUUGAAAAACUGGAGGAUAGAUUUCUUUCCUUUAGUUUCUUACUGUUCCCUUUCUUUAUCUACGUAUGUGUCUGGCUGCUUGGUUUACAUUCUGUUGCCAGCCUCCAGGUGGAGCCUGGAGAUCUCUUGGAAUUAUAACUGAUUUUCAGAACACAAAGAUCAGUUCCCCUGGAGAAAAUGGCUGCUUUGGAGGGUGGAUUCUAUGGCAUUAUACCCUGCUGAAGUCUCUUCCCCUCCUCAAACCACACCCUCCCAUACUCCACUCCCAAAUGUCCAGGAAUUUUCCACCCUGGAGCUGGCAACCCUAGGCCCAGCAUUUCAGACUGUUGCUUGAGACUGCUGCUCAAACACUGCUUCUGAUUGGAUCCAGCAGAUCUCACAAGAUCUGGACAAUAGAUACAAGGAAAUAAGUUUCUAUCUAUGUCCUCAGGCAUGAUCUAUAGUUGGUCCUCAGUGUCCUCCUCCUCUUUUCCCCUCAUGGUAAUGAUGAUUGCAGGCUGGCCAGGCCCCGCUUGAACUUCAGGCCCCAGUAGAGUGCACCCUUCUCCCCGCCCCCCCACAUAGGGGCCCUGGGUGCGUAUUAAUGGAACACAAGAAAGAAAAUUUUUGAAUUAAGGAUACCCCAACCACCGUCACUCCCAAAAUCAGCCCAGUGGAGCCUGAGCAUGCUACUUCCCUUCCAAGAGCAAUGAAGGUGGAGUUGAGUUGAGCAUUAUUUAAUAUGGGGGGGGGGGGGAAAUGGAGGGGGCAAUGUGUAUCUCUCAACCCUAAUUGCCUCAGCCUUUCUCUCCAAAUGAGCUCUGCAGAAGGUUUUUUUAGGAUCUGACCUAAAGAGCCCAAUUUCUCCCCAUGGAUGUUUUGUCUCAAAGAGGGCAGUGACCCCUUACUUGGCUGGGGGUGAUCUUAGAUGUGUGUGUGGGGGGGGGGUGAACAUGGUGAAACAUGAAUCUCCCCCCCAACACAAGCCCUCCCAUACCUCCUGUUUAGGAGUUGCCAAUAUUUAUACUGGUCUCUCUGGCUGUCCCUUCAAAAUACCUUGGAUUUGUACAAUUACCAGCUAAUGUCGUUCACCUCAACAAGGAAAAGUUUCAGCUUCUCAUUUCCACACAUUAAGUCACAAUGCAUGGGACAGGAGAUUUUUCUCUUAGCAACCCUCCCCUCACUGUGACUCCUAUGUAGUCCUGGGAGUUGUUUUAAAAAAAUGUUUCCAAAGUGUUUAAUGUUAGCAUUUUCAUCUGUUGGCUUGUUUCUUUGUGAGGGAUUUCCCUCCUAUACUACUCAAGCCCUUUCUCCCAGCCUAACCUACCUCACCGGGUUGUUGUGAGGAUAAACUGGAGGAGUGGAGAACAAUAUUGUGCAUCUAUAUGGGGUGGCUUGGAUAUUUAUAUCUAUUUUGAAAUUUUAAAAAUGGAGGUAUUUAUUGGAGUCCAUGAAAAACCUGUUUUUAUUGCAGCAUUUAAUUUAGAAAUGUAUCUGACUGUUUCCUUGAGGACCUGAGAAACUUGGUGGGGGUAGAGUAUGUUGUUAAAUGAUGCUAUUUUUUUAAA